GUGCAUGGGGGCAUUGUCAUGCUGAAACAGGAAAGGGCCUUCCCCAAACUGUUGCCACAAAGUUGGAAGCACAGAAUCGUCUAGAAUAUCAUUGUAUGCUGUAGCGUUAAGAUUUAUUUUCACUGGAACUAAGGGGCCUAGGCCGAACCAUGAAAAACUGCCCCAGACCAUUAUUCCUCCUCCACCAAACUUUACAGUUGGCACUAUGCAUUGUGGCGGGUUGCGUUCUCCUGGCAUCCGCCAAACCCAUAUUCAUCCGUUGGACUGCCAGAUGGUGAAGCAUGAUUCAUCACUCCAGAGAACGCUUUUCUACUGCUCCAGAGACCGAUGGCGGUGAGCUUUACGCUUUGGCAUUGCGCAUGGUGAUUUUAGGCUUGUGUGCGGCUGCUCGGGCCAUGGAAAUACAUUUCAUGAAGCUCCCAACGAACAGUUAUUGUGCUGACGUUGCUUCCAGAGGCAGUUUGAAACUCGGCUGAAAUAGCCGAAAUCCACUCAUUUGAAGGGGUGUCCACAUACUUCUGUAAAUGUAGUGUAUAUUCAAUGUCUGAUGUGUUAUUGUUACCCAUCUACCAAUCACUGCCCUUCUUUAUGAGGCUUUCGGAAAGCUCCCUGGUCUGUGUAGUUGAAUCUGUGCUUGAAAUGCGAUACUUGACUGAGGGACCUUACAGAUAUUGUAGGUAUUGGGGACAGAGGAAAGGUUAGUCAUUAACAAAUUAUCAUUUUACAUUUACAUUUUAGUCAUUUAGCAGAUGCUCUUAUCCAGAGCGACUUACAGUUAGUGAAUACAUAUUUGUUUCAUACUGGCCCCCCGUGGGAAACGAACACACAACCCUGGCGUUGCAAACGCCAUGCUCUAUCAACUGAGCUACAUCCCUGCCGGCCAUUCCCUCCCCUACCCUGGACGACGCUGGGCCAAUUGUGCGCCGCCCAUGAGUCUCCCGGUCGCGGCCGGCUGCGACAGAGCCUGGAUUCGAACCAGGAUCUCUAGUGGCACAGUUAGCACUGCGAUGCAGAGCCUUAGACCACUGCGCCACUCAGGAGACUUUAUGUCAACCCCUAUUAUUUCACACAGAGUGAAUCCAUGUAACUUAUGAUGUGAUUUGUUAAGUCACAUUUUACUCCUGAACUAAUUUAGGCCUAAACAAAGGGGGUGAAUACUUAUGGAACGACUAUAUUUUAGUUAUCUAAUUUUUUAUUAAUCUUUAAAAUAAAAUAAAUAAUUUUCCUUCCACUUUGGCAUUACAGAAUAUUUUGAGUAGAUCGUUGACAAAUAAAUGGCAAUUAAAUAUAUUUUAAUCCCACUUUGUAACACAAUACAAUGUGAAGAAAUCCAAGGGGUAUGAAUACUUUUGAAAGUAAUUAGCGCCCUAUGGGCCCUGUUUAAAAGUAGUGAAUCCCAUCCCCUGUCCCUGGCCUUGACUCCAGUAUCAAACCAUCCAUUAUUAAUUAGAUAGAUGUAGUGAUGGGCAUUGGGCACCUGGUCUGCUCGGUUUAGUCCUCACCUGUUCUAAUGCUGGUGAAUAGAACUAUACCUGUUCUAAAGCUGGUGAAUAUAACUAUACCUGUUCUAAUGCUGGUGAAUAGAACUAGACCUGUUCUAAAGCUGAUUAAUAGAACUAUACCUGUUCUAAUGCUGGUGAAUAGAACUAGACCUGUUCUAAAGCUGGUGAAUAUAACUAUACCUGUUCUAAUGCUGGUGAAUAGAACUAUACCUGUUCUAAAGCUGAUUAAUAGAACUAUACCUGUUCUAAUGCUGGUGAAUAGAACUAGACCUGUUCUAAAGCUGGUGAAUAGAACUAUACCUGUUCUAAUGCUGGUGAAUAGAACUAGACCUGUUCUAAUGCUGGUGAAUAGAACUAGACCUGUUCUAAUGCUGAUUAAUAGAACUAGACCUGUUCUAAUGCUGAUUAAUAGAACUAUACCUGUUCUAAUGCUGGUGAAUAGAACUAUACCUGUUCUAAUGCUGGUGAAUAGAACUAUACCUGUUCUAAUGCUGGUGAAUAGAACUAUACCUGUUCUAAUGUUGAUUAAUAGAACUAUACCUGUUCUAAUGCUGGUGAAUAGAACUAGACCUGUUCUAAUGCUGAUUAAUAGAACUAGACCUGUUCUAAUGCUGAUUAAUAGAACUAGACCUGUUCUAAUGCUGAUUAAUAGAACUAUACCUGUUCUAAUGCUGGUGAAUAGAACUAGACCUGUUCUAAAGCUGGUGAAUAGAACUAUACCUGUUCUAAUGCUGGUGAAUAGAACUAUACCUGUUCUAAUGCUGGUGAAUAGAACUAUACCUGUUCUAAUGUUGAUUAAUAGAACUAUACCUGUUCUAAUGUUGACUAAUAGAACUAUACCUGUUCUAAUGUUGAUAUACCUGUUCUAAUGUUGACUAAUAGAACUAUACCUGUUCUAAUGUUGAUGAAUAGAACUAGACCUGUUCUAAAGCUGGUGAAUAGAACUAGACCUGUUCUAAUGCUGGUGAAUAGAACUAGACCUGUUCUAAUGCUGGUGAAUAGAACUAGACCUGUUCUAAAGAUGGUGAAUAGAACUAGACCUGUUCUAAUGCUGGUGAAUAGAACUAGACCUGUUCUAAUGCUGGUGAAUAGAACUAGUUAAUAGAACUAGACCCUGUUCUAAUGCUGAUUAAUAGAACUAGACCUGUUCUAUAUGCUGGUGAAUAGAACUAGACUGUUCUAAUGCUGAUGAAUAGAAACUAGACUGUUCUAAUGCUGGUGAAUAGAAUGACCUGUUAUAAUGCUGGUGAAUAGAACUAGACUGUCUAAUGUGACUAAUAGAACUAUACCUGUUCUAAAGUUGAUUAAUAGAAACUAUAACCUGUUCUAAUGCUGGUGAAUAGAACUAGACCUGUUCUAAUGCUGAUUAAAUAGAACUAUACCUGUUCUAAUGCUGUGAAUAGAAACUAGACCUGUUCUAAAGCUGGUGAAUAUAACUAUACCUGUUCUAAUGCUGGUGAAUAGCACUAUACCUGUUCUUAAUGUUGAUUAAUCCGAAACUAUUUACCUGUUCUAAAGCUGAUAUUAAUAAGAACUAUACCUGGUCUAAUUGCUGGUGAAUAGAAACUAGGACCUGUUAUUAAAGCUGGUGAAUAGAACUAUACCUGUUCUAAUGCUGGUGAAUAGAACUAUACCUGUUCUAAUGUUGAUUAAUAGAACUAUACCUGUUAUAAUGUUGACUAAUAGAACUAUACCUGUUCUAAUGUUGAUAUACCUGUUCUAAUGUUGACUAAUAGAACUAUACCUGUUCUAAUGUUGAUUAAUAGAACUAGACCUGUUCUAAAGCUGGUGAAUAGAACUAGACCUGUUCUAAUGCUGGUGAAUAGAACUAUACCUGUUCUAAUGCUGAUGAAUAGAACUAUACCUGUUCUAAUGCUGGUGAAUAGAACUAUACCUGUUCUAAUGCUGAUUAAUAGAACUAUACCUGUUCUAAAGCUGGUGAAUAGAACUAGACCUGUUCUAAUGCUGGUGAAUAGAACUAGACCUGUUCUAAUGUUGAUUAAUAGAACUAUACCUGUUCUAAUGUUGAUUAGUAGAAAUAGACCUGUUCUAAUGUUGAUUAAUAUAACUAUACCUGUUCUAAUGUUGAUUAAUAGAACUAGACCUGUUCUAAAGCUGAUUAUAGAACUAUACCUGUUCUAAUGUUGAUUUAAUAGAACAGACCUGUUCUAAAAGUGAUUAUUAGACUAGACCUGUUCUAAGGUCUUGAUUAAUAAAAACUAUACAUGUUCAUAAUGUGAUUAAUAGAACUAGACCUGUUAUAAUGUUGAUUAAUAGAACUAGACCUGUUCUAAUGCUGGGAUCGUUCUAAAGCUGAUUAAUAGAACUAUACCUGUUCUAAUGUUGAUUAAUAGAACUAGACCUGUUCUAAAGCUGAUUCAUAGAACUAGACCUGUUCUAAUGUUGAUUAAUAGAACUAUACAUGUCAUAAUGUUGCUUAAUAGAACUAGACCUGUUAUAAUGUUGAUGAAUAGAACUAGACCUGUCUAUAAAGUGAGUAUAAGAACUAUUACCUGUUCUCUAAUGUUGAUUAAUAGAACUAUACCUGUUAUACUGCUGUGGAAUAGAACUUAGACCUGUUCUAAUGCUGAUUAAUUAGAACUAUACCUGUUCUAAUGCUGAUGAAUAUAACUAUACCUGUUCUAAUGCUGAUGAAUAGAACUAUACCUGCCUCAGCCUGCCUGGCUUACUAGGUUAACAUGAUCACGGUAGGACGAAUAUACCUUUUAUUGUGUGGAUUGGUUUAGUUUACUAAACUGUACUCUAUUCCAUGAGUUCUUUUGGUGAUUGAUCUACGUCUGGAAAUGACACAGUUUUCUCUAAAUGAUGUGGUGUGACUGUGGUAGGCCUGUACUUUCCCAUGUUUACUUAAAAGGGAUAGUGUGAGAUUAACUCAUGGAUACCAUUUAUGUCUCUGUAAGCAGUUUGAAGGUAGUUGAACUUCAGUGGAGGCUGGUGGGAGGAGCUAUAGGACGACGGGCUCAUUGUAAUCGGGCUCAUUGUAAUGGCUGGAAUGGAAUAGAUGGAACGUUAUCAAACAAAUGGGAACCACAUGUUUGACUCCAUUCCAAAUAUUCCAUUCCAGCCAUUACAAUGAGCCCGUCCUCCUAUAGCUUCUCCCACCAGCUUCCUCUAUUGAAUUUGAAGGUACAUUAUCGUUAGCGUAGCGCAACGACUGGAAGUCUUCAGGAUCAACUAGCCAGCUCCUCUCAAAAGCAGGGAAAAAGACCUACGUACCCAAAGCAGGGAAAUAGACCUACGUACCCAAAGCAGGGAAAUAGACCUACGUACCCAAAGCAGGGAAAUAGACCUACGUACCCAAAGCAGGGAAAUAGACCUACGUACCCAAAGCAGGGAAAUAGACCUACGUACCCAAAGCAGGGAAAUAGACCUACGUACCCAAAGCAGGGAAAUAGACCUACGUACCCAAAGCAGGGAAAUAGACCUACGUACCCAAAGCAGGGAAAUAGACCUACGUACCCAAAGCAGGGAAAUAGACCUACGUACCCAAAGCAGGGAAAUAGACCUACGUACCCAAAGCAGGGAAAUAGACCUACGUACCCAAAGCAGGGAAAUAGACCUACGUACCCAAAGCAGGGAAAUAGACAUACGUACCCAAAGCAGGGAAAUAGACCUACGUACCCAAAGCAGGGAAAUAGACCUACGUACCCAAAGCAGGGUGGUCGGCACUUUGUACUGUUUUCAAAGCAGUUAGUUUUAAAAACUGUUUUUCUGCGGCAUUUCAUUGAUCCGCCGUGACGGUGGGGCGCAGGGAUAGGCUGUGUGCGACCGCUCAAGGUAUCACAGCUGGCCAGCUGAGGCAGAAACCAUAUUAAGAACUGACACUUUCAUUUCUUAAAAGGUCAGCGGAAUGUUCCAGAGCAUCAAAACCGUGAUGCGUCGUGGGUAAAUUGCGACUGACUGACUGUAUAAAUAAUACAGAGGAGUUAUUGAUGAUACGAGGUGAUCUGUAGAUCAGUCGGGUCUCCACUAGCCCUUUAAAGCCUGCUGCAGAUGUGGAACGCGCCCAUUGAGAUGAAUGAGAUGCAACACUUGGUGGUCAGCUCGCGGUCACAAGUCGCAACAACAAACGGAUGCACGAUGCGUGAAGCGCUUUGGAUAAAGGUCUGCUAAUGCAUAUGCUUUGCUCUCACACAGUCACACACCGGACCCGGCUCCACAAGGGGGCUAAAUGGGGCUUAGCCCCCCUCAGUUGAUACUUGUGCCCCCUCAGUUUUAGUUGUAUGUCCCUAUAGGAAAAUAUUUGAGUGACAGAUUGGCAGGGAAAUCUGUAUCUCCGCUGCACUGUGUGUGUAGCAUGGACAGAGCCCGCGCCGCGGAGUGUGUGGUGUGUAGGGGGCUAUGGAAAGCCACUGGGCGGUUAGGUAUGACUCCUUUGGGUUUCCAUAAAAAAGCGGGUAAAGUAGUAGUGGUAGGCUCCGUGAAUAACGAGAGACAUCUCUGCUUGUAAUAUUUGAUUUUGACGGGGUCAAGUUUACAUUUACAUUUAAGUCAUUUAGCAGACGCUCUUAUCCAGAGCGACUUACAAUUACUGGUACCUUAUUAUUUGUAUUAUUCAUACUGGACCCCCGUGGGAAUCGAACCCACAACCCUGGCGUUGCAAAUGCCAUGCUCUACCAACUGAGCUACAUCCCUGCCGGCCAUUCCCUCCCCUACCCUGGACGACGCUGGGCCAAUUGUGCGCCGCCCCAUGGGUCUCCCGGACAGAUUUGAACCAGGAUCUCUAGUGGCACAGCUAGCACUGCGAUGCAGUGCCUUAGACCAGUGGUCUACAGUUGAAGCUGUAGUUGAAGUUUACAGUUGAAGCUGCUUCACUCAUCUCUGCCUCACGCCCCCAACCACUACAGAGUUUAGCUAGCUAGCUGUGAAAUGCGUUAGUAGUGUUGUUAGGCUAUUUAGCUCGAACCGGCUAAAACGUUCAUUUAAUAGCAACUGGUUCAUAGGAAUAGAGUGGGCUGGAAUACUCUGCUACUGCAGGGGCUGCAUUUUGGUUCCCCGUGGUUAAAAGUUCUGUGUCGCGUCCAAUGCUAACGCAGUCAAGGCCUUCACCCAAGGCGGCUAUUCUUUUAUUUAUUUUUAUUAUUAUUAUUAUUUUUUUUUUUUUUUUUGUCAUUUAGCAGACGCUCUUAUCCAGAGCGACUUACAGGAGCAAUUAGGGUUAAGUGCCUUGCUCAAGGGCACAUCGACAGAUUUUUCACCUAGUCGGCUCGGGGAUUAGUACCAGCGACCUUUCGGUUACUGGCACUAUGCUCUUAACCACUAAGCUACCUGCCGCCCUAUAUUCUAACUGGAAGCAUGCUAUUGAUAGAACCAAAGGAUUCACUAGGCAUCAUCAAGCAAAGAGCGUUUGAAAUGCACUGCACUGUGGGUAGAAAAACAAGUUGUAUUCGGCUGCGUUCACAUAGGCUGUUUGUAAUAGGUGAUUUACCCCAUCAUACAGUAUAUAUACAAAAGGAUGUGGACACCCCAAAUUAGUGGAUUCGGCUAUUUCAGCCACACCCCGUUGCUGACAGGUGUAUAAAAUAGAGCACACAGCCAUGCAAUCUCCAUAGACAAAACAUUGGCAGUAGAAUGGCCUUACUGAAGAGCUCAGUGACUUUCAACGUGGCACCGUCAUAGGAUCCCACCUUUCCAACAAGUCAGUUCGUCAAAUGUCUGCCCUGCUAGAGCUGCCCCCGGUCAACUGUAAGUGUUGUUAUUGUGAAGUGGAAACGUUAAGGAGCAACAACGGCUCAGCCACGAAGUGGUAGGCCACACAAGCCCACAGAACUGGACCGCCAGGUGCUGAAGCGCGUAGCGAGUAAAAAUAGUCUGUCCUCGGUUGCAACACUCACUACCGAGUUCCAAACUACCUCUGGAAGCAACGUCAGCUCAAUAACUGUUUGUCGGGAGCUUCAUGAAAUGGGUUUCCAUGGCCGAGCAGCCGCACACAAGCCUAAGAUCACCAUGCGCAAUGUUAAGCGCCAGCUGGAGUGGUGUAAAGCUCACCGCCAUUGGACUCUGGAGCAGUGGAAACUGUUCUCUGGAGUGAUGAAUCACGCUUCACCAUCUGGCAGUCCGACGGACAAAUCUGGGUUUGGCGGAUGCCAGGAGAACGCUACCUGCCCCAAUGCAUAGUGCCAACUGUAAAGUUUGGUGGAGGAUAAAUAAUGUUCUAGGGCUGUUUUUCAUUAGUUCAUGUGAAGAUAAAUCUAAACGCAACAGCAUACAAUGCAAUUCUAGAUGAUUCUGUGCUUCCAACUUUGUGGCAACAGUUUGGGGAAGGCCCUUUGCUGUUUCAGCAUGACAGUGCCCCGUGCACAAAGCGAGGUCCAUACAGAAAUGGUUUGUCGAGAUCAGUGUGGAAGAACUUGACUGGCCUGCACAGAGCCCUGACCUCAACCCCAUCGAACACCUUUGGGAUGAAUUGAAACGGCGACUGCGAGCCAGGCCUGAUCGCCCAACAUCAGUGCCCGACCUCACUAAAGCUCUUGUGGCUGAAUGGAAGCAAGUCCCCACAGCAAUGUUCCAACAUCUAGUGGAAAGCCUUCCCAGAAGAGUGGAGGCUGUUAUAGCAGCAAAGGGGGGGACCAACUCCAUAUAAAUCCCCAUGAUUUUGGAAUGAGAUGUUCAACAAGCAGGUGUCCACAGACCUUUUGGUCAGGUAGUGUGUCUUGUAGCCUAUAUUCAUUACCAAAUAGGUCCUGCUUUACUCUGUAGUAUCCAUGGUGCUGAUGCAGAGGAGAUGGGUUACAACCUGUCACUUCAAAAUCACUCAAUGGUCUCGGAGUCUCUGCAUUUGAAAUGUGUUUAUUGUGGUGUAGCAGAAUUCAAUGUAAUUCCAAUGAAAGAAACUCCCCAAAAUGGUGCCCCCCCUCACGGAUUUCAACUGCCCCCUUAAGUCACUUUAUCCUGGCGCCAGGUCUGACACACACAUUUGGGCUUGUUUGACAUUACAGGCGACUGCCGACUGACGGAGCUACAAAGAACCUUGCAUCUUAAAUAACUACUCAUUGUUAUUUGUAGAUCAGUCAGUCAGUCACAAUUGACCCCAUGAUACAUUACGGUUUUGAUCGAACGUGGCCAUUAUUUGCGCAUGUGCACGGGUUCCCUUCACGCUGUGUACAGCGUGGUAGCCAGGGGGGUUUCCACUAGUUACCACAGCCAUAAAAUUAAAAUGGGCUAUAUCGUAAAACAUUUUCAAAAAAUGAGCUUUUUGGUCUUAAAUUACGGUUAGGCAUAAGGUAAGCAGUGUGGUUAAGGUUAGGUUGAAAAUAACAUUUUAAGAAGAUCAAUUGUAGAAAUGGGCAGUGUUUAUGACUUUGGCUGUGGUAACUAGUGACAACCAGGGGGCUCAAAACAGCGGAGAAGGUACAUUUUACAUUUUAGUCAUUUAGCAGACGCUCUUAUCCAGAGCGACUUACAAGUUAGUGAGUGCAUACAUUUUCAUACUGGCCCCCCCGUGGGGAAUUGAACCCACAACCCUGGCGUUGCGAACGCCACGCUCUACCAACUGAGCUACACGGGACUUAAUAAGUUGCAUUGAAUUACUUUUAUUUUUUCCAGAAGGAACUUUCCAGAAGGAACUUUAGUUUCGCGCUUCAAUACUCUUAAUUGUUGCGGAAAUAUACACUCAAUGGCCCGUUUAUUAGGUACACCCCAUCUAGUACCGGGUCGGAACCAGGCGACGUUUUUCCACUCCUCAAUUGUCCGGUGUUGGUGAUGGCGUGCCCACUGGAGCCGCUUCUUCUUGUUUUUAGCUGAUAGGAGUGGAACCCGGUGUGGUCGUCUGCUGCAGUAGCCCAUCCGUGACAAGGAUCGAUGAGUUGUGCGUUCCGAGAAUGCCGUUCUGCACCCCACUGUUGUACUGCAUCGAUAUUUGCCUGUUUGUGGCCCGCCCGGUUAGCUUGCACGGUUCUUGCCAUUCUCCUUGGACCAUUCUCACCAACAAGCUGUUUUUCGCCCACAGGACUGCAGCUGACUGGAUGUUUUUUGUUUGUCGCACCAUUCUCGGUAUACCCUAGACACUGUCGUGCGUGAAAAGCCCAGGAGGGUGGCCGUUUCUGGGAUACUGGAUCCGGCACACCUUGCAACCAACAAAUUAUACCAUGCUCAAAGUCGCUUAGGUCACUCGUUUUGCCCAUUCUAACGUUCAAUCGAACAGUAACUGAAUGCCUCGAUGCCUGUCUGCCUGGUUUAUAGAGCAAGCCAAGGCCACGUGACUCACUGUCUUCUUCUUCAGUGGGGUUUAUCGGCGGUUGGCAUCCAACAUUAUGGUGCAUGACAGCCACCUACCGUGACUCACUGUCUGUAGGAGGAACCAUUUUCGUGAACGGGGGUGGUGUACCUAAUAAACUGGCCGGUGAGUGCAUAUGUAUGCUGUUUACGUUCUGCAUCCACGUCAUAUCGCUGAGUCCACCUUUUUAAGUAUUUCUGGCUGAGACGCGUUUAUCUCGUUUUUCAGUUUACAGUCUGAUAAUGUGGUUUAUCUGCGCCAAACUUGGUACAAAACCACGCCCACGAGUAGCCUAGCAAAAGCCGCGCUGAUUGGACAGCGAGUUCUGACGUUCCUCUUCAGGAAGUAA